GCUGGGCUGGGCUGGGCUGUGCCGGGCUGUGCUGUGCCGGGCCGGGCUCGCCAUGCCGUUCUUGGGGCAGGAUUGGCGAUCCCCGGGAGAGUGUUGGGUGAAAUUCCAGGACGGGUGGAAACGCUCCCAGUUAUACCGGGAGGAGGAGGAGGAGAGCAACAUUAACGGCAGUCACCGAGAAAGGCAGCUGUGCACACGAUUGCAACAAGAGAGCAACGACAAUAAAAUUGUUGAAGACUGUGAGGUGGCAGCAAAAAAGCGGAAGAAAGAUCACUUUAACAUUAGCACACAAAGUGAAUACUUCUAUCGGGAAAAGUGGAUCCAUGUUCAUAAAGGAAGUACUAGAGAAAGACAUGGUUAUUGUACACUGGGAGAAGCUUUUAACCGUUUGGAUUUUUCAAGUGCAAUUGAAGACAUGAGAAGAUUCAACUAUGUUGUUAAACUUCUUCAACUAAUAGCAAACUCGCAGUUAACCUCUUUAAGUGGAGCUGCACAGAAGAAUUACUUCAAUAUUUUGGAAAAGAUUGUUCGGAAAGUGAUUGAGGACCAACAGAAUCCUCGACUAAUCAAAAACCUUCUCCAGGAUCUGGGUUCUGCACUCUGUAUCCUGGUUCGUGAGGUGGGAAGGUGUGUCCUUGUUGGAAACAUAAAUAUCUGGGUUUACCGAAUGGAAACAAUUCUGAAUUGGCAACACCAGCUAAAUAAUCUGAAGAUUACCAGGAGAAUAGGUAAUAGUGUGACACUGAGCGACCUUCCACUUCAUAUGCAGAGAAGUAUUCUGCAUAGGUUUUCUGAUGGCCUGGAUAUUAUCAACUUGGGACAGGUGACCUCUACUCUGCACAUGCUCAGUGAAGAUAAACACCUGUGGAAAAGUCUUUGCAAGUACCAUUAUUCAGAAAAGCAGUUUUGCAGACACUUGAUUUUGACUGAGAACGGUUGUGUUGACUGGAAGCUGAUGUACUUUACGCUUCAGAAGUACUGUCCAAAAAAGGAGCAAUAUGGAGACUCUCUUCAGUUCUGUCGCCAUUGCAGUAUUUUGUUCUGGAAGGACUACUAUCUUGCUUUAUUAUUCAAGGAUACAGGCCAUCCUUGUACAGCCAACAAUCCUGAAAGCUUCUGUACACCAGUUUCGCCUCAGCAUUUCAUCGAUCUUUUUAAAUUUUAAGUGCAACCACCUGUACUGAUGUUUUCAUUUUGGAUGGCCCGGAUCAUUUCAGAUAGAGGAAUGCUUUGAUUUUUUGUGCAAUAUGUUCGGUGAAGAUUUAUUAAAAAAAUAUAUAUAUCCGCUUAAAAUGUCAAACUUAAAAAUAAUGUAAGACAUUUAUUUCUUUAAAUCUAAAAGAAGAUAGCCCACCAAAUAUUUGCAUGUUUUGAUUCGAUUUAAUAAUGCUAAAACUUAAGUUUCAACAUUUUUGUAAAAGACACAUCACAUUUCAGGCUAAAUAUAUGCAAAUGAAGCAAUUGUUAGCUUUUUCUUUCGCAAAAAUUAUAUUGUGUUAGUGUUCUGCCAUUUCAACACUGCAUUUUUGGUUAGCUGACUUUUGGAGAAAGCAUUGGGAUCCUAAAUAGCACUUUGCACCACUAUUAUUAAGUUGCAGUUGUACAAGUAAACCUUUUGCUGCUUUGAUUCAUUGUGCAUUUAAUAUUUUCUUGAAAUAUGUGCAUUAUUUUGUUACAUUUUUCCAGCUACAUAUAAUGUUGCUGGGAUUAGUAAUCCCAAAUGUAUAUUGUGAGAAAAUUGAGGUGCACAUUAAUUUUUAAUAAAAUGUGUAUCUA